GUUCAAUCCAAGUUGGCCACAACUUCAUUGGAUUUUAUUAUUUUUUUUGCAGGAGGAAGGGUUGAAUAAACUUUGUUCAUAGAUUUAUUUUAUGACAGUUAAUUAGUAACAUGAUCUGUUCUUUGAGCAUGUACUUUGUCAUGUGACAGUUGAUUUCUCUAUAAAUGUAUUAGUUUCACUUACGAAGCCAACUGAAUCUCUAAGCUACCCAUCUGUGGUCUUAGAAUAGCACAAUCAUGACUCAAAAACAGAUGGGCAAAAUUCUAGAUGAGAAGCUGGAAGAAAAUGAAAAGGCAGCUGUUUCGGAACGGACUUUUAUGUACGAUGGAGUGUUAUAUCCUGCUAUGAUUAGUUCCCUGGAAACGCUAAAAAGAGUUAAUACCUUUAGAGCUCGGAAAGAUGAUAUUGUACUAGUGUCAUACCCCAAAACAGGUUCAAACUGGGUUGGGGAGAUUUUAACGCAGCUGGAAAUUGCCUCUGGAAAAUAUGAUGAAGACGAGCAGAAGCGAAGGCAGCAAAUACUGCAGGAAGUAUCAUUAUUUCCUUUUCUCGAAUUUGGAGAUCCAGAAAAAUUUGAGAGGAUGGAAAAACUGCCUUCCAGAAGAAUUAUAAAAACACACCUCAUCCCUCGAAAGUUGCCCAGGUCUCUUUUUGAAAAGAAGACAAAAAUACUGGUUUUGUUUCGGAAUCCAAAGGAUACAGCUGUAUCUUUCUUCCAUUUUUCCAAAGGCAUAAAACUGAAUUCUGAUCAGAAAAACUGGGAUGAGUUCUUUGAAGAGUUUAUCACUGGAAAAGUGGCUUAUGGAUCUUAUUUUGAUCAUAUUACUGAAUGGAACAACUAUCUGGAUGACAGCAAUGUAUCUUUUAUUACCUAUGAGGAAAUAAAAGAGAAUCCAGUCUCAGCACUGAAAAAAAUAGCCAAAUUCUUUGACUUUUCUGUGACUGAAGAGGAAAUUGAGAGCAUUGUAAAGAAAACAAGUUUUGAAAGCAUGAAAGGUACCACAGAAAACUAUGGAAAACUAGGGAAGAUACUUUUCCGCAAAGGCAUAGUAGGUGAUUGGAUGUCUGUCUUCUCAGAAAGCCAGAAUGAAAAAAUGGACAGAAAAUUUGAAGAGACUGUAGCUAAAACUAAACUUGGAAUGAUGUUGAAAUAUGAGCUGUACUGCAAAAACUGACAAGAUCAUCAGUGCUACAAACAUCUCAUGUUCUGAUUCUCUGCAUAAGGCUAAACAUACUUACCGUAUUUUUCAGAGUAUAAGGCACACUUUUUUCACCCUUAAAAGAGGCUGAAAAUUUGGGUGCAUCUUAUACUCUGAAUGUAGCUUUUUCAAAGCUUUUUUUUCAACCCUAAUGAGGCGCUAGCGAGUAAAGCGAUCUUCCCUCUGACUUUCAGCUGUGCUUUAGCUUUUUUUCAGCCCUAACGAGUUGCUAGCGAGUGAAGUGAUUUUCCACAUGCUUUCCUGCUCCCUCCGAUUCUCGGCUGUCUUUUAGAAGCUUUUUUUCAGGCCUAACGAGGCGCCAGCGAAUGAUCUCUCUGCUUUGCCUGCUUUUCUCAUUGCUGCUCCCUCUCAGCUGUGCUUUAGAAGCUGUUUUUUAUCCCCAAGCAGGGGGUAAAAAGUGCGCGCUCAAAACCAGCAAACUUUUUUCCCCCUAUUUUCCUCCACAAAAAUUAAACUGCAUCUUAUACUCCAGUGCGUCUUAUACUUUGAAAAAUAUGGUAAGUUGUUCAAGAAUUGAUAGUGCCUUCCUCUGUCUCCAGAUGUGCCAGAUGUCAUUUCUGAUACCGGUAAUCCCAACACAGUUAUUGGUUGGGUUAUAUGAUGAGCCAAAGAUUAUAGGAGCUGAAGUCCAACAAUCUGAAAAAAAGCUCAAUUAAAGGGAAGGAAGAAUUGGAGUAUUACAAUAUAUGGGGGCAAUUUUAUCAAUGGAUAGAAACUGAAUAUAAACAAUAAGCAAUGUAAAAGCAAGAAAUAUGGAAAAAAAUAUGCUGUAAUAUGGCAAAUAUGAACAUAAGAAGAAAGAUAAAUAUGUACUAAGAAAAUGAUGAUAAAUGUUGAUUCUGAAGACACAAAAUUUUUUAUACCCAGAUGAUACAAUGAUUUUAUUAAUGAUGAAUUGUUUGUUUAAAAAAAUUUAUACAUACAUACAUACAUACAUACGUGCAUAUAUAUAUAUAUAUAUAGGUCUUUGGUUGUUCGGGUUUUCUCCCGUGUAAAAUUGGAAGUGUCUUGGUGACGUUUCGACGAAGUCUCAUUCGUCAUCUUCAGGCUUCAGCUUCGUGCUUCUGGGAGCAAUGUGUGAUCGCAGCUGUUUCUUCCUUUUAACU